AUGGCUUCUUCGCCAAAAUCCAAAAGUAUUUACGAUGUCUUCUUGAGUUUCAGAGGCACGGAUGUGCGUAAGAGCUUCCUUAGCCAUCUCUACCAAGCUUUAGAUCAGAAUGGAAUACACACUUUCCAGGAUAGGGAGAAACUGAGAAAGGGAGAACAAAUAUCAGCGACUCUUAUGAAGGCCAUUGAAGAAUCGUGCAUUGCAAUCAUCAUUUUUUCCGAGAACUACGCUUCCUCAUGGUGGUGCUUGGAAGAGACGGCGAAGAUUAUGGAGUGCAAGGAGCAAAAGGACCUCACCGUUCUACCAGUGUUUUACAAAGUGGACCCAAGAGAAGUGAGAGAGGGGAGAAAGAGUUAUAGGGAAGCUCUGGAUAAGCAUGAGGAUAAGUUCAAAAAUGAUCUAGAGAAAGUGAAGAAAUGGAAAAAAGCUCUUUUUGAUGCUGGUGACUUGUUCGGGUGGCAUUUGAAUGAUGAAGAUGAGUCGAAGCUUAUACUGCAAAUUGUGAAGGAGAUUUCCAAUCACCUUAACCUAAUGCCGUUGUAUGUUACUAGGCAUCUGGUUGGGAUAGAGACUCCAGUUGUUAAGUUGAAAGAGAUGUUCAACCUUGCGUCUGAUAAUGAUGUUGUCAUGGUGGGGCUAUGGGGACAAGGAGGGAUAGGGAAAACAACAUUAGCAAAAGUUCUUUACAAUUCUAUGUUUAGACAAUUUGACGGUUCAUGUUUUCUCGGAAAUGUUCGAGAAGCUUUGAAAGAUUCCAAGGAUUUAGUUCCAUUGCAAAACAAAUUACUAUCCGAUGUUUUAUCACUGCAAAAUGGAUUGGUAGUCACCAAUGCUGAUAGAGGUAUCAAUAUCAUACAACAUAGACUUCGUCACAAAAAAGUUCUCCUUGUCCUUGAUGAUGUGGAUGACUUGUACCAGUUACAUGCUUUAGCAGGAGAAAGCAAAUGUUUUGGUAAUGGAAGUAGGGUCAUUAUUACUACAAGAAAUAAACAUUUGCUUACUUGUUAUGGAAUUGAUCAAGAUCAUGUAUAUAAAGUUAAACCACUGAGUUACCAUGAAGCUCAUGAGCUGCUUAGCAAUCAUGCUUGUUUGACACUCCAAAAAUUAGAAAACAUGACAGAUUUGGUGAAAAGAGUUCUAAAUCAUGCUAGAGGACUUCCUUUAGCACUUGAGGUUCUUGGUUCCUACUUAUGUGGUAAAAGAGAAGAUAUUUGGGAAAGUAAACUGGAGAAAGUUUCUAGGAUUCCCAACAAAACCAUUAAUGAUGUUCUCAAAAUAAGUUACGAUGGACUAGAAGAAAAUGAGCAAGAGAUUUUUCUCGACAUUGCCUGCUUUUUUAAGUGGAGGGAUAGCAAAUACAUAAAGAAAGUCCUUGAUAGUUGCGAUGUUCAGACAACUGUAGGAUUUGAUAUACUCAUCGAGAGGUCCUUGAUAAGCAUUGACAAUGGAAUACUACAAAUGCAUGACUUGAUUCAAUCGAUGGGCAUGGAGAUUGUGAGACAAGAAUGUCGUGAUGAUCCCAGAAGUCGCAGCAGACUAUGGCGGUAUGAUGAUGUUGUCGAUGCUUUGUCAAGCGAUGUGGGAGAUUGUGCUGUGAAAGCCAUUGUAUUGGAGCCACUUGAGCUAAAAGAGCUAAGUGUCCAUCCUAACGCUUUUUCAAAAAUGAGAAAGUUGAGAUUGCUCAUCCUACGCAAUGUUCAUAUUUCUUUCCAUGGUCCAAUAUCUCUUCCUAAUGAGCUAAGAUGGAUGGAAUUUGCUGGAAGUGGUCCUUGGAUUCCAAAAUUUCCUUCUAGUCAAAAGAAAUUAGUAAGUAUUGAUAUGGGGAAAGGCAGUAUCACAGAAGUCGUAAAACACUUUAAGGACUUCAAGCAAUUGACGGACGUUGAAUUGAGUGACUGCGAUUCGCUCGUUAUUACGCCCAACCUCUCAUGUGCUCCAAAUCUCAAAGAAUUGAAACUCUUGAAUUGCAAAAACUUGGUAGAAGCCCACGAGUCGAUUGCAAAUCAUGACAAGCUCCAAAAACUUCGAUGCUUCAAAUCUGCUUUUGGCCCAAUCGUGUUUCCAAACCUCACGGAUUCAGCUAAUCCGUGCAUGAAGGGAUUUCCUUGCACUACUUUUAUUCUCCCUAAAGGAGAGAUGCCAAAGUGGCUUCAAACAGUUGAAGAUGGUUUUCUAUCUUUCAUGGCUUCAAAGGACUUAUAUGACAAGUUUCUUGGAUUGAUUAUAUGUGGCGUACGUGACAAUGAAGGCGAUUAUUGUUCAAUUCACUUUCACCCAUAUUUUAAUGGCAAAUACUACAAUGCCAACGGAAUAGGGGGCGAAUCGGAUCCAAGGGGCUGCAGAUCGGAUCCAGGUGGCAUUCUCAUAAACUAUAUUGCACCAUUUGACUUAUGGGGAGCAUUCCCUUUUGAUCAAAUUGAUGGGAGUUAUGCACAAUUCAACCUUAAAUUAUAUAGCGGAGGCGUGAAAAAGUGGGGAUUUCGAAUAAUAUGCAAGCAAUUAGAGGAUGAUUUAAAAGCUACGCUCCGAGACAAUAAGUUAAUUGAUCCAGCUUUCCUCUACGAGGUUGGUCAUGACUCAACAGAUCCAGAAGUCGAGAGUUCACAUGUGCAUGGAGACAACCCAAUCGAAAUGGAUCAACUAAAAAACUUGCAAGAGAGUUCAUAUAUGCUUGAAAACAGACUGAUCGAAUUUGAUCUAGAUUGUCCACCGAGUUCUUUUGAUUAUGAUAAAGUGAUAUCAAUGAGACAUCGUGAGAUCACUGUUCAUGGACGCAUGCUUCCUGGAGACCCGCGCAGCCUGGGGAACAAAAAGUACAAGCUUUGGUUGGAAGGAUAUGGAAACGUGCUAAAGGAGCAAUACCUUGAAUAUUACGGUGAGUGA